CCUCUCUCUUUCUCUCUCUCUCCUCUCGAUCUCCUUCUACUCUUUCUCUCUCACAUCAAAAAAAAAAAAAGAACAUUUCCCUUUCUGCAAAACUCGGGGUUAAUUAUCAAGAGCAGAGAAGCAGAGAUCAGUUAAUUAUUUGAUUAGGUGACACAGCUAGAAAAAUGAGACCACCACCGAGAAUACUACUAGAAGCGGCAGUAGCAGUAGCCGAGUUCAGCGGCACAGUCCACUUCUCUCCACCACCACUCUCCACCUCGCCACCUCCGACGCCAGCGCCAUGCGUGGCUCACGCCUGCCGCUGGUGGCCCUACUCCGGCUCUAAAGAGUUCGAGGCCAACGCAGCCAUGGUCCUCAUCAUCCUCCUCUCGGCUCUCAUCUGCGCCCUCGGCCUCAACGCCGCCAUCCGCUGCUUCCUCCGCGGCACUCACCUAGUGGAGGAGCAGCUCGACCGCCGCAGCAGCAGCAACCCUACCCAGACGCAUCACGAGUUGGCUCGCGUGCAGCUCAAGACCAAUGCGGCAGCGGCUCCCUGCUUUGAUGGGGGACCCACGCUGGUGUACUCGCCGGAGAUGAAGGCGGAGCUGGCGGGGGCAGCGGCGGAGUGCGCCAUUUGCUUGUCGGAGUUCGUGGAUGGGGAGGGGAUAAGGGUGUUGGAGAGGUGUAAGCAUGGGUUCCACGCGCACUGUAUACAGGCCUGGCUGUCUUCUCACUCUUCUUGUCCAACGUGCCGUCGCACGUGCCUCCCUCCCUCCCCUCCUCAUCCUCAUCCUCAUCCUCCGCCGCCGCAAUCCACCGACGUGGAGGACCAACCGCCCUUGACGGAAAUUAUUGCUCCGUGAACGGCUCUACUGUACACUAAAUGCAUGUAUGUAAACUGGCUGGCUUGAGUUGAAGCUUUUUAAAUUCAUUAAUGGUACAAUAGCUUCUCUAUCA